GAUGACAAGGGAGAUCGAAAUGCAGGAGAUGGAUUGGGCGGCUUUUCCGAAGCCCUCGGAAGAGAUGCAAAGCAGGUGGCUCUUGCAGCCCUCUACAAUGCUCAAGAAGAAGACAAAUGCAAGGAAAAAAGCUUAUGCAUGGUCUCUCGUCGUACUGACUGGCGUGCUAGCGGUUCUUGGGUUUUCCAUGAUGAUGAUCAGAGCUCUCACGCAUCGCCACCACCACCAACAACAACAGACACCUGAAAUCUACAGCAGUGCGCUUCACGCUGGACUUAAGUUCUUCAACAGGCGCGCCACUGGGCACUUGCCCGACGGAAACAACGUUACGUGGAGAGGGGAUUCUUGUGUCCAAGACGGGAAGUAUCCGGGGAGCACCUACAGAAACUUGUCUGGAGGUUAUUACGAUGGUGGUGACGCAAUAAAAUCAAACUUCAAAAUGUCUUUUGCGAUGACCAUGUUGAGCUGGAGUGUCAUUGAAUAUCAUUCCAAGUAUGAAGCAGUUGGAGAACUCAGCCACGUUGAAGGGCUUAUCAAAUGGGGAACAGACUACUUCCUAAACACUUUCGACUCUAGUGCUGAUAUUGUCAAUGAAAUGGUGUUACAGGAAAAAAAAAGAUUCUUACUCCUUCCGGGACAACCUUUGCAUAUAGUUACUUUUUUUCCCUUUUCCUUUAAACAGGUCGGAGAUGAAGGAACUGAGAGCUACUGUUGGAUGAGGCCUGAGGACACUGAUUACAAAAGACAUUUACAUGUCUGUUUCGGUGACUGUCCCAAUCUUGCUGCAGAAAUGGCGGCUGCACUGGCUUCAGCAUCCAUCGUUUUCAGUGAAAACGUAGCAUAUUCCCAAAAGCUUAUUCAAGGUGCCAAGAUUCUAUAUAAGUAUGCAGAGUCAUCUAUGAAAGGCAUUAGUAGUAACACAGACUCAAGCUCUUCCUGGGACGAGCUUUUAUGGAGUGGGACUUGGCUCUAUUAUGCUACUGGGGAUGUAAGUUACCUUGAUAGGGUAACAACUCUUGCACUGGACGAUCGUUCUGACUCUUUUUCGAGUGACCCUGGCGUGUUCAGUUGGAACACAAAGCUAGCCGGAGCUCAGCUGCUGUUGACACGGCUGAGGCUAUUUUUGAGCCCUGGAUAUCCAUCUGAAGAAGUUUUGAGAAAAUUUCAUGAUCAAAUCGGCAUUGUAAUGUGCUCUUACUUACCUUCUUUCAACAAGUUCAAUAGAACCAAAGGAGGUCUGAUCCAGUUAAACCAUGCAGGUCCACAGCCCCUGCAAUAUGCUGCAAAUGCGGCUUUCCUAGCGGCGCUAUACAGCGAUUAUCUAGAUGCUUCUGAUACUCGUGGAUGGACAUGUGGGCCUAAUUUCUACUUUGCUUAUGUACUACGCGACUUCUCUCGAUCACAAAUUGACUACAUUCUCGGUAAAAACCCACGGAACAUUAGCUACGUCGUGGGUUUUGGGGAGCGAUACCCUAAACGGGUACAGCAUAGAGGAGCUUCAAUUCCAAAAGACCGGAAAGAGAGUUGCGAAGGAGGAUGGAAAUGGAGAGAAAGCUCAAAGGAAAACCCAAAUGUGGUUGAAGGAGCAAUGGUCGCUGGACCCGACGGACAUGAUGGGUUUCGUGAUGAUCGUACGAACCCAAACUAUACAGAGCCGACCCUGACCGGAAAUGCGGUUCUCGUUGCCGCUCUCGUUGCCUUAUCAGGAGACAAAAACAUGUUUGAAAAGAACCGUAUUUUCUAUGCAGUUCCUCCAUUGUUCCCCGACGCUCCUCCUCCUCCAGCACCUUGGACCCCAUAGGGAAUGUUUUGUCUACC